AUGUCUGCCGGCACCGCUCUGAGCAAGGCUGGACCCUCUGCCUCGAAGGAUAAGAACGCCAAGCGAACCAGAAAAAGGUCGAGGAACAAGAAGCGAACCACCCAAGUGGAAGACGACGACAGCAGCAGCAGCAGUAGCAGUGGUGACAGCGACGACGAAGAAGAGCCCAAGCCCAAAGCUGCACCAGUCGGAGCCCCCAAGCUGUUUUCAAAGAAGCUAGAAUCAGACUCUGAUUCCGACUCUGAUGAUGACGAGGAGGGCAAAGACGACGGAGGAGAGGGUGAUGCGAAACGAAAAAGGAAGCGCAAGCGCACCACAAAGAAGAAGACUGCAGAAGAAUCUGCUAAGGUCGCCGCAGCUCCAGCAGCUACUACCACCACCCCAACCACGCCGGCUCCAAGACCAGUGACUCUCUCUCCGAAUCAGAUCGGACCUGAUCCCAACUCGGAUCUGCGUUUGAGCGAUCAAGCCAAGCAGGCGAUCCAGUACGCCCAAGUCUACACGAAGGACAAGUCGCAAUGGAAAUUCAACAAGGCCAAACAGAAUUGGCUGCUACGAAAUGCACUCUCUGUGCCACCCGCCGACUAUGAUGCAGUUUUGGCUCGAAAGCAGGGCGAAGGCAAGGAUGCCGAAGAUGGCGCAAAGGAGGAGGACGGAGAAGAGGCGGAAGAAGGCGAGAAUUUUGUCCCCGACGACUUUGUGGCGGUUGUCACUGCCUAUCUCACAAGCGUGAUGGGUGGCGCUCGACAAAGGCUAAUCGAGUCGCUUCGGGAGGCGCUCAACGCUCCCGCGGUUCAAGUGGCGCCGAUCCAGUCCGACGCUGCUGACGAUGCCGCCAAGGUAGCCAACGCCACUAAUGAACAGAGCACCGAUGCAGCAGCAAACGGUACAGCAGCCCCCACCACCCCCACCUCCAAGUCGGUCUCAUUUGGCAACCUGGCUCUCGAGUCGGAAAGAAAGGAAGAGGCGGUUGAAGCGGCAGGACUUCCCACAGGCACUGAUCCUCGAGCUGUAGAGCUGCGCAGAACACGAGCGACACAGAUGCUUCAGCAGAUGGGCGAGGCGUUGUGA